AGCAUUAACCUCGACAGCGACACCGCCCUGCACAUCGCCACGUGCUAGAGCCACCGCGACGUCGUCAGGGUGCUGCUCAGCUUUUUUUUUGAAGAAUUGGUGCUGCUCAGCUGGAAGGAUGAAUCAUAUUAUUCCCAAUGAUGAGGUUGAACCAAUAGAAGUAGUUGCUGCACCUGAUGAUGAUGAAAGACAGUAUCCUGAGUUUGUUGACAAAUGGGAUAUGCUAGAAUUCGAGGACUAUGAUGGAGACAUUUUCACAGGGGCACAAUUUGAAGAGACUGAUGAAGAGGAGGAGGAGGAAAACAUAGCUAUGGGGGUAGAUGAGCAAGGAGAGGGUGAUGAUGUACCAAGAAAUGAUUAUGACAGAGAUAAUCCAUCCUUAAAAGAAGGCAGCACAUUUACAUCGAUGACCGAAUUUAGGAAUGCACUUGCUACCUAUUGCAUCAAAGGUGAGUAUGAUUAUGUAAUUGAAAAGAGUGAGCCAACAAGAAUGACUGUUCAUUGCGUAUUUGAGAGGUGUCAGUGGAGGAUACAUGCUUCCUGUAUGCAGAAUAGUACAAUUAUUCAGGUCAAAGUGAAUCCAUCUCCUCACACUUGUCCAAGUGAAAGAAAAGAGUCACAUAAGUCACUGAAAGUGCUCGGUUUGCUGUUCCUUGAAUCCCCACGCAUGUAA